UGCAAGGCAGCUUCCAAUUUUCAUAACUUUCUUUAAUUCUUUUCGAAAUUUCUUUCUAAACGCCCAUUGGCCUUCUGACAUUUCAACCAAAAGCGGAGGCCGAAGUUUCCUUCUCCAUUUUUGAAUCGUCUCUUUACCUGAGUAGCUCCCGCAUUUGUCCUGUGGAGCCGGGGAGUUUCUGUUUAAUCGACCAAAAGGCUCAGAGAUUGAAAGAGAAUGCCCAAUUGGGAGCUUAGGAGUUGCUGUCAGCAUGAUCAGGUUGUGUUCUUAGUUACCAUUGGGGUCUUCACCGUUGUAAUCCUCGCGCUAUGGAGGACAUUUAUAAUCACUCCUUUCAAGCUCAUUACUGUUUUCCUGCACGAAGCAAGUCAUGCAAUAGCUUGUAAGCUAACCUGUGGUGAGGUAGUAGGAAUCCAGGUUCAUGCAAACGAGGGAGGGGUAACUCAAACCCGUGGUGGGGCAUAUUGGUUGAUUUUGCCUGCAGGAUAUCUUGGAUCAUCGUUUUGGGGAAUGGCUAUGAUUCUCGCGUCAACCAAUCUUCUCACUGCUAGAAUUGCAGCGGGUUGUUUGGGUUUAGCUCUUCUUGUUGUACUCUUCAUUGCAAAAAAUUGGACACUUAGAGGACUCUGUGUUGGAUUUAUUAUUUUUCUUGCGGUGGUUUGGGUUCUACAAGAAACGACUACAGUUCGCAUACUUCGUUAUGUCAUUCUUUUCAUUGGUGUCAUGAACAGUUUGUUUUCAGUUUAUGAUAUAUAUGAUGAUUUGAUUUCACGAAGAGUCAACUCGAGCGAUGCUGAGAAGUUUGCAGAACUGUGUCCAUGUCCUUGUAAUGGAAUUGGAUGGGGAGUCAUUUGGGGAAUGAUAUCAUUUAUCUUCUUAUGUGCUUCUAUCUAUCUUGGUCUUGUCAUCCUAUCUUAAGGUUCAGGUUUAAAAUGUGAGUAUUGACACUUUAAAUUGCUCGAGUUUUUUGUUGGGUGGCUGCGCGUAUCCGCAAGCUUUUAUACCUUGGUGUUUGGAGAAAGCCUCUUUUGUUCUAACCAUGCUCACUUCCAGCUUGAGUUUUACAUAUAUUCUGUACAAAAUUGAACUCUCAUAUUCUUUAUUCCCUUAUAUUCUUUUGAAUUAUAAACCUUCCAAAUUUAAUUAUUGGAUACAUCUGCAAAUGUGUAAUUUUAUUUAAAUUUUGGUUAGACAACCGUUUUAGUACCAGUGACUUUGCUUUUA